AUAAGGUUAGAUGUUUAAACAUUAUAGAAAACAAUACUUUUCCCCGCUGUGAGCAAUGACAAGAGUUCAGCUUCAUUCGAAUUCGAAAAGGGCGUCUGGGCGAGUGGAAUCUUUGACGUCACAGAGAGUUUGACCGUUUUGUUUCAACAAACAGUGUCGCCCGUGUGAAACCACAAACCGUCGGUCUUCGCGUUGUUUAUGCUGCAGUUUAUUUGAUAAAGUUACCGAAGUGGUCAACUGUUAUCAUGUCUCUGAAGAGAAAGUCCCCCGCUGAGGUGUGCGACGCCCAUAGGAGCACACCCUCAACAUCCAGCACCGACGCGGCUGAAAAGCAUCAACCGGCAUUGGAGGAAAAUGAGGCGCCGUUGAGAAAGAGGACGAGGACGGAUAGUUUCGAGAAGCUGCCGUCUCUUCAUCAUCGUGACUCCGGCAGCUCAGACCAGAGAAAUGAGAGAAGUGCUGAGGAUCCAGAUUCUCUACCGGACAGCGCCUGUGCUCUAACGUUAGAGGAUCACGGUCUUAUGGAACAUCUAUCCAGUGGACUUGAAGUCCUUCCUCCUGUAGAUCCGCAGGGUCAAACCCCUCCAGGACCAGUCCACCACAGUCCAGUUCAAACCCCUCCAGGACCAGUCCACCACAGUCCAGUUCAAACCCCUCCAGGACCAGUCCACCACAGUCCAGGUCAAAGCCCUCCAGGACCAGUCCACCACAGUCCAGCUCCAGGACCCAGUGUGGGCGUGACAACUGAGGGUGAGUUUACCGCCAUAUCUCAAAUAUUACUCUCACUGCUGUCCAUGCUUGUCAUUUCAUGUCAACUAUAA